AUGAAACAAAAUGGAGGGAGAAGAUUGUUAUCAGAUGGAUUUCCACAUUGGCUUUCAGGUUCCGAUAGAAAGCUUCUUCAAGCAACACCAAGUGCUGAUAUUGUGGUGGCACAAGAUGGAAGUGGGAACUAUAAAACAAUAUCAGAAGGUGUAGCCGCUGCUUCUAAGCUUAGUGGAAAAGGAAGAGUUGUUAUUCAUGUGAAAGCAGGAGUAUACAAAGAGAACAUUGAUAUAAAAAAGACAGUGAAGAACAUAAUGAUAUUUGGAGAUGGAAUGGAUUCAACAAUUGUUACCGGUAAUCAUAACACUCAAGAUGGUUCUACCACUUUUCGUUCAGCUACUUUUGCGGUAAUGGGAGAUGGUUUCAUAGCAAAAGAUAUGACGUUCGAGAACACUGCCGGACCACAGAAGCACCAAGCGGUGGCUCUCCGUUCGGGCGCCGAUCACUCGGUUUUCUACCGCUGCUCCUUCAAAGGCUACCAAGACACUCUAUAUGUUUACGCCACCCGUCAAUUCUACCGCGACUGUAACAUCUACGGAACAGUCGAUUUCAUCUUCGGUAACGCAGUCACUGUUCUACAAAACUGCAACAUCUUAGUUAGAAAACCGAUGAGCAACCAACAGAACACCGUAACGGCACAAGGAAGAACAGAUCCAAACGAGAACACCGGAAUAGUGAUCCAUAACUGCCGAAUAACCGCCGCGGGUGAUUUGAAACCAAGUCAGAAUUCAGUGAAAAGUUAUCUGGGUAGACCGUGGCAGAAGUAUUCAAGAACGGUAGUUAUGAAAAGUAACAUUGAUGGAGUUAUAAAUUCACAAGGUUGGGCUCCAUGGAGUGGUGGUUUUGCUUUGAGCACACUUUAUUAUGGUGAAUAUAUGAAUGUUGGUGAUGGUGCUAAUACAAAAGGGAGAGUGAAUUGGCCUGGUUUUCAUGUUAUCACAAAUCCUUCUGAAGCAGUUAAAUUUUCUGUUAGUAACUUUUUAGCUGGUGAAUCUUGGAUUUCUGGUGUACCGUUCGAUGCAGGCUUAUGA